CAUGCAACAGGCAUGCAGUAGUAGCCGAAGUUUUCUUUGAGUUCGACUCAUUCUGAAUCUCGGUGCAAUCGUUUCAAGUUUGCUCCUCAUUGCUAGUUACAAUGUCAGUCCUCCGUCGUUCCUUACACUUACCACGCAAACUCAGCGGGGCUCUAUGUGUGAGCAGAUGCUCCUCAGGAUAUCCUGAUAUUCCUCCAGUUCAGAAUGAGCCUAUCCUGGAUUUCCCUCCAAACUCUCCCGAGAGGGAGGCUGUAUUCAAGGAGUACCAGAGAUUAAUGUCAGAGAAGCCGGUGGAAAUUCCAUGCAUUGUCAAUGGCGAGGAACGCAAGACCGGUGACAUCAAGCACCAGCUGUCGCCAUAUGACCAGGGGAUCACCGUUGCCUCUUUCCAUUAUGCAGACAAGCAAACCCUGGAGGAUGCCAUCAAGAGUUCUCUUGAAGCUCGGCACAAAUGGGACCUUGUACCGUUUGAACAAAAAGCAGCAAUAUUCUUGAAAGCAGCUGAUCUGAUCAGUAGCAGAUAUCGUGCUCAAGUGCUUGCAAGCACCAUGGUUGGACAGGGAAAGAAUCUGUUCCAGGCGGAAAUUGACUCGACGUGUGAAUUGAUUGACUUCUAUCGCUUUGCUGUUGAGUAUGCUAAGGAGCUGCACACAACCCAGCCAAAGCACCACGCUCCUGGCAACUGGAAUAGACUGGUUUACCGUGGUUUGGAGGGAUUUGUUGCGGCAAUUUGCCCGUUCAACUUCACAGCCAUUGGCGGCAACCUGGCAGGAACACCCGCACUGAUGGGCAACACGGUACUGUGGAAACCAUCUGACAACGCCGUCCUCUCCAAUUACAUUGUUUUCAACAUUCUCCGUGAAGCUGGCCUUCCUGAUGGUGUGAUCAACUUUGUGCCAGCCGAUGGACCUCUGUUUGGAGACACAGUCACCGACUCACCUGACCUGGCUGCGAUCAACUUCACUGGCAGCUCUAAAACAUUCAAGCACCUCUGGAGGCAAGUCGGCGAGAAGAUUGACAACUACAAGACAUUCCCACGUCUGGUCGGAGAAUGUGGUGGCAAGAACUUCCAUCUCCUUCAUCCUACCGCUGACGUUGACAGCGCAGUGCACGGCACCAUAAAAUCAACGUUUGAGUACGCCGGCCAGAAGUGCUCCGCCUGCUCACGAGCAUACAUUCCAGCGUCUCUGUGGCCAGAAUUCAAAGAGAAGCUUCUGCACGAGCAAAGCCUGUUGAAGGUUGGCAAGCCAACUGAUGUGGAGAAUAUCUACUCAACAGUAGUCAACCAGGAGUCUGUUAACCGCAUCACCAAGGCAGUCAAGAUGGCAUUCCGUGAUGACGAGCUCACCGUCCUGGCUGGAGGCCGUAUCCACGAUGAAUAUGAUGCUGGCGAUGGUUUAAUUAUUGAGCCCACCAUCAUCCAGACAUCCAAUCCCACCCACGAGUACAUGACCAAGGAGUUCUUCGGCCCCAUUCUCACACUCUAUGUGUACGAUGACGCCAAGAUGUCUUGGGCAGAGACGCUCAACAUGGUGAACACGACAUCAGCGUAUGGCUUGACUGGUGCUGUAUUUGCCCGCGAUCGCAAUGCGGUUGAAGAGGCUAGUCGUGGACUGAGACAGGCUGCCGGCAACUUCUACAUCAACGACAAGAGCACAGGAUCAGUGGUUGGACAGCAGCCGUUCGGUGGAGCCCGUGCUUCCGGUACGAAUGACAAGGCUGGCGCCGCCUCCUACCUACUCAAAUGGACCAGUGCUCAGUCGGUGAAAGAGAACUUCUUGCCUAUCUCACGUCUUUACCAUCCGUCCAUGAUGUCUUGAGCUGACUGACCAGUUUUUACUCGCCCCAAUCUGGUGCUCUCUUUUCACGUGUGUCACUUGGUGACGUCCAGGUUAACCAGCAUAAGGUAUGGCUGAUGGGAACUGAUGCAAUCGCAACUCGCCUGGUCUCACGGAGCUCCUCUUUCCGCUGCUCACUAUCCUGGCAUACUUACAUGUAGCUUAACUUAGCGCGUAUCAGCUCUCCCCACUCCGCCAGUGCUCCACUUCAAACUGCUGGUUGCUGGCUUUGCUCUUGCCAUGAACAGACAACUGCACAGAAUUGCCUGUGAAAACAUAGCACGUAUGUGCUUCCUGGCGAACAUCGGCUUGCGGCAGGGAGUCGUAAAUAGUAUUUUCACGACGCCCUGGUAGUUGCAGACACGCAUGACAGUGCAGUACUGUGCCAGCUUAGCUCUUCGGCGUUGCUCGGUUUUUCACUCACCAUCUUCCGACCGUGACAAUCGGAGUUGGUAUUGCGAGGCAGCCUUGCUUUGCUGUUGCUUCGGCGCAGUUUCCCGACUUCCACCACUGACUUCUAUUUGCAAGUUUGUGCAGUGCGUUAUUUUACUCCCGAUGUUGAGUGGCAUGUUUCAUAAACUUUCAUUGGCACCAUCCACAUUAUGUUUCCACCAUCCACACUGCAUACACCUAGUGCUGGACAUGUACCAGUACACACACACACACACAUGACAUUGUAUUGCCCUGCUGGACUGCUGGAUUGACUCAUCAACGGACCAAUAAGGAAUGCCCCCCUCCCCCCCCUAACUAUUAUUAACAUGCUGAUAGUUAUAUUUUUUGUUUGAGGGAAUGAAAUGGAUAUUGCCAAGAGUCCAUAAACAUUUUUUUAUGGACUCUUGAUAUUGCCUUAUUCGUAUCUACAGUAGGUUUCUUUUUUUUCAUGUUGAGCUAGCCCAGUCUUGUUCUAGUACUGCUUCACUCAUAGUGAGUCUGUGUAACUGAACCACGCCACCAUUGCUUUUGCUGAUACCGAGAGCACAGAGCACAGAACCAUGCAAAUCGGUUCAUUUGCCUGCCUGGAUAGUGUUGCUGGUGAUACUGGGUGCUGCUGCCACCGCUGCUGCUGCUGCUGGAUGUGCUGGUGCUAGAGGUGGCGCUGCAGCAGCUGGUACUGCGUGUAGAUCUACCUGAUAGGCUUCACAUGAGCCCUGGUUAGCAUGUUUGCUCUCACGCUACCGAUGUUGUCUUGGCUACAUUACGUCAUGAGCUUGAAAGUAGAUCUUCUCCUACUGUA